GUCGCGCGAUAGAUUUUUGAGACGCUCUUUAUUUUUCACCUACCUACGCACCUAUUCUCUUCUAACACUGCUACCUUCUUUGGCUCAUUCUGAACCCGAUCCUAUUCUUCUAUUCUAAUAAUCAAUAAUCAAUAAUAAAAAAAAUCGUUGUUAACCCCUUGUCUUAUUAUUGAUUAUUUAUUACUUUAAUAUGGCGUUUCAAACAAAGUAUUAAACUAUUAUAUACAAUUUCUAUUCAACAAAUCUAUUAUAUAUAUAUACACAUAGAUUUUCUUUUUAGAAAGCUUCUCAACAUAAAGUAAAAAUAGGAAUUAAAAUAGAACUUCGAUACAAAUAGAAUCUGCAUCUCAUUUAAUUCACAAUAUUUAAUCUAUGUUCGUUUCAUAACUCUUUAUGAUAAAACUAAUCGCGCAUUAUAUCGAAUUUAACGUGGGAUUGCACCGCGAGUGCGAUUCCACAUUAUAAGAUAAAGGGGUUUCGUUCAAAAGUCUUUCUGUUUGUUAAAACUAAAAGAAGAUCGAGACACAAAGGCUGGAGGAUGGUAGCAGAGUUAAAUACGAUUAAAACACAUGCGGGUGGAUGGAAAUUACGCCACGGGAGUCGCCGGUUCUUUUUUCCUUUUCUUCUCCUUCUCUCGCUCGAGCAAACCGGACAGCGGAAGUCAGAGGCUGCCGUCGAAGCGCGCGUCACUGCCACACGAUAACGGCAGUAAAAAAAGGGGUGAUUCGUCGGAUCUAUCGAAUAUCAUCGAUCGUCGAGAGUAGUUACCGCUUAUCGAGCCUGUUCAAAAGUCACGAUCGUGAGAAGUGCGCAUUAACCGCGACCGAGUAACGUUACGAACGCGUGCCUUUUUUUUUUUCUCCUCUUCUGUUAUACCGCUUCUUCUUUCUUCCUCGAGGCUGAGACGUACGGGAAAGAAUAGGCUGUUGCCACGACCGCUCAAGUAUUAGUAAAGCGAGAAAAUCUUGACGCCGUUUGCACAGCGAGCGCGAGUUUCCAACUAGUUGAAUAUCCUCUCCCACUUCGCAUGCAUGGGUCCUGGCUUGUUCAAUUACUACGUUCCUGUUGUGCACUGUCGGCGACCAUCGUCUCACCGCGCACGUGUACCGGCUGCCUGAGGUCUGAUUAUUAUCAGAAAUGACCAACGAUAAACAGUCGUGGUUCCGUGGCGUUCGAAGCAGCAAAUUUCGCCACGUGUACGGCGUACCGGCAAAACGGGAGAAAUGCUACGACAAUAUCAAGAUCACGAAGAACGCCCACGACUCGCAAUUCUGCGCAGUGAAUCCCAAGUUCCUGGCCAUCGUAACGGAAGUGGCUGGCGGCGGAGCAUUUCUAGUCUUGCCGCUCGAUCGCACUGGUAGGCUGGAUUUUAACGCUAGUAGAGUGACUGGACACACUGGACCGGUUCUGGACAUCAAGUGGAAUCCGUUUAACGAUAACAUCAUCGCUUCCUGUUCCGACGACUGCACUAUAAAACUGUGGCACAUUCCUGACGGUGGUAUAUCACGAAAUCUGACCGAGUGGCUAGUUGAGUUGCAAGGGCACAAACGUCGUGUCGCGUACAUAGAAUGGCAUCCUGUUGCUGAGAACGUGCUUUUCAGCGCCGGCUUCGAUCACCUUGUUAUCGUGUGGGACAUAAAUAAAGGAGAGGCUGUCAGUGUCAUCGAUAGGCAUCCUGACGUCAUUUAUAGUAUAUCAUUGAAUCGUGACGGUAGCUUGCUGGCGACAACGUGCAAGGAUAAAAAAUUGAGGGUUUUCGAGCCAAGAUCUGGCAUCGUGGUUUCCGAGGGAGUCUGCCAUGCCGGAACAAAAGCUAGCAAAGUGGUUUUCCUUGGUAGCUCUGGACGUCUUCUUACGACUGGCUUCAGUCGUCACUCCGACAGACAGUAUGCUAUUUGGAGUCAGCAUGAUUUGAACGUACCAUUGAUAUGUGAAACUAUCGAUUCCUCCAGUGGAGUAGUAUUUCCAUAUUAUGAUAAUGACACCAACAUGGUGUAUCUGGCGGGAAAGGGUGAUGGUAAUAUUCGAUACUAUGAAGUAGUAAACGAGGCACCCUGGAUGCAUUACCUCAGUCAAUUCAUCUCUGGAAAUCCCCAAAGAGGAUUAGGUAUAAUGCCAAAGAGGGGCGUAAACACAGCCAUCUGCGAAGUAUUUAGAUUUUAUAAAUUGCACGCGACUCGAGGAAUGUGCGAGCCGAUAUCCAUGAUAGUUCCUCGAAAGAGCGACCAAUUUCAAGAAGAUCUAUAUCCUGACACUGUAGGUACUUGUCCAGCUUUAUCAGCCAGGGAUUGGAUAAGUGGCAUGAAUAAUCCACCGAUUUUAAUCUCACUGAAAACCGGUGGUAGCAUUACCACGCACAAACCACGAGUGUACAAGCCACCGCAACUUCCACCGACAACCGAUUUAAAUAAUAAGAAGAAAUUCGCCUUUUUGUCUACCGAGACUGUACCAGAUUACAGGCCCAUCGAGUUCCACGAUAUGUCAGAGAAAAGCCAAAAAACUUCUAGCAAUCAAAGCACCAAGUUCCAACAGUUGCAACAAAAAUUCGGCAAUGUUGUGCUACAGAAAAAUAUCAUUUCCGCGCCAUUGAACGAUAAUAAGGUCUUGGAGAAUGUAGACAUUCCUAACAACGAGGCGGAAUUAAGAUUAGCAUUUGCACGUCAGACUGACGAGUUACGAUUGGUACGAAGGCAGCUCGCGAAUAGUCAGUUACGCGUGAAAGAGCUGGAAGAGCAAAUUCGCAAGCUUCAGCGUCAGUAAAUUUUAUUGAAGAUCCUCAACGUAUGCGCCGAGCAAACUUCCUUGUAGCUUUGUUGCUAGUUGUAUGAGAAACAUGGUACUUAACGAACAAAUAACGCAUACGUGUAUUGUUCAUGGCAAUCUAAAUGUCUAAGCUUUCGACGAAAUUUGCACAAAAAGAAAAAGAAACAAGAAAUAAAGGCGGUGCAAAAAGGAUAUUUAAAGGUGUUCGAGAAACUUUCAGAACUGGAAACAUACACUGAUUAUCUAUUAGUAACAUAUUAAUGCAGUUAUGUAAUUCUCUCUAGUGUAUCUUGUGAACGAUAUACGAUGCAUUUUUUAUAGCAUUUCUCGUUUCUCUAUACGUUAUCUUCUCUCUUUGCAAUUUCUCGUGUGGCGAUCUUGUACCGUUGUUAGAAGAAAACGCAGCAAUGAAGCAACAAUAAUUUAGUCAAUUUUUUUAGAACGCAGUUCGGAAACAUGUUCUGCUGUAGAGAAACUGAACAAAAAAAAAAAAAUGAACAAAUGAUUGUGAUUUACACUAUUGCCUUCACUAUACAGACGAGUUUUUGUCUAUAUAAAAUGUUGAUAUUUCUCCGAGAUGCAACGUUUCGUGUAUGCAACUUUUGCACGUUUUAGCAAGUGUACUUCCCUUUUUGUCAUACGAAGUUUAAUACGUUUCUUUCGCUUGCACAUCAAGAUAUAGAUAUACACACGUUACACCUAUUAUACGAAUUUCUCCAUCUAUCUGAGCAACUAAUUUUUCAUUUGAAGUUAUACGUGCGAUCAUAACGAGGGAGAAAGAUCAGCUUAAUAUAAAGAUGUAAAACUUGGACAAAGUAUUAAAUGUUCAGUACAUGAAGAAUUGUACCUGUCUUGUGCAUACGCACGUUUAUCGUAUGCGACUCGUUCUAUAUAGAAUUGUCGUACAUAGAGUGAUAGAUAAAUACAGAGAUAUUUAGGAAUUGCGUAGGGGAUAUUAUGGACGCAAUAAAAAAGAAACGGACAUCAUUCGGAGAUUCGAAAAAUAGCACAAGAUGCAAGGACUAAUUAUGACUAAUAAUUAAAAUUAAGAUUUCCUGGAAACGAGAAUCAGAGAAAAAGAGAUGAUUCGAUGAAUUUUCUGUAAUACUUAUUUUGUUGAUUUCCUUCAAAUGAACUUAUGUAUUAAUAUCUUGAUAUUUACAAUCGUAUUUAUGUCGUUCGAUUUGUUUCCUAUACUGAAUUAACGUUUAUUUCUCGAUGUUAAUAGUCAGUUAUAUUUAUGAAUUCCAUUAUAAUGGCUGUACAUUAAUCGAUCAACUAACUUAAAACUACUAUUGUGUUCUAUUCCGUAUACGUCCCGUUUUUCUUUUUUUCCAUGCGUAAGGUAAUAUAACGACGGUGUAUCUAGCUUAUUAACGUUUAAGCUAUCUUGUAUUAUCGAGUGUAUUGAUCACUGCCACAUUCACUGCCAUGGUACCUGUGGCAAUAUAAUGUUUUCUUUUUCAGCGAACACAUGGCAGUGACAAUAUUUAUUGUACACUAUAAUUAGUUUCGAAUCUUAGGCUGACACUUCUUUUAUACAGUUAAACACAUAGAACUUAAUGUAUAUGCAUAGAGGAAAUUUUGUCAAUCAGAGAGAAAGAAAGCAAAUGGACCUAGAGUGAUCAAGGAUCAUUAAUUAAUUAAAAAGAAAGAAGAAAACAGUAGCAACUUUUUAUUCACUUCUAUUCACAUUAUUGUAUAUGCGAAAUAAUGCUGAUAUAUGUGUGUCAAAUUAUAUAUUUCUAGGACCAACAAACCGGGAAAGAAAUUGUUAGCCACAAGAAAUUCUAUUAUUGCUUAGUAGCGAUCAGAUUUAGUAAUGAUUUAUAUACACUGUUUAUACAUAUAUAUAUAUAUGUAUUUUUCAUACGAUAUAUAGUUGUAAUUUCGAGCGAAGAAAAUGUAAAAAAAAAAAAAAAGGAGAAAAAGAAAGGAGAAAAAGAAAGGAGAAAAAGAAAGGAGAAAGAGAACUCGAGUGAAUAUUCUAACAAUAACUAAUAUAUAUGCUUGUGUUCAGUGCACAUCAAUUAUUGUAACAAAAAAAAAAAAAAAAAAGAA